AGGAUUCGCUACCGGCUAAACACCGUCGGUGGUUUCCGAGUGUUUUCGCCGAGUAAUGCGUCGAAAACGGCCAGCUCCAAAUGUACAAUCGCCCAUUGUGACUUUUAGUGAAUUUUCACUGUUUUUACAGAAGACGAAGGCUCCUUUUUCCGGAUUAGAAGCACUGUAGAGUCGCGGUGCAAAGAUGGCUGCACUGCUGUGGUUCGAAGUGAAGUUGCCGUUGAGAGGAGGCGGAGUGGGCGUCACACCCGCCCAGUAGAGGAAACACAGCUGUCAGUCUCCAGUGUGUGUGUGCGUGUACACAACCGAGGUCAAUUCUUGUCCACGACAACACAUAAAUAAACAAAUAGUUGUACAUUUUAACAAGAAUUUCACGCCUGUUUAAGAAGAGGCUGUUGCGUCACAAAGCGUGACAAUACGGUAUUGUUGUGUGAUUUAAUUGUGAGGGAAUUGAUCAGAAAACAAUGCAAAUCAAUUGUUAUAGACGCAUACCAUGUGAGUAUGCAUUUGUUGUGUGUGUGUCGGGCAUAAUGUUUACUCAUAUGGUAUUUUAACUGCCUGGUAUAUUCCAAAAUAAGUUAAAUGCCCCCAUUUAUCGACACAUCGGUGUACGCCAGUUGAGGAAAGAAGCCAACCCUUGUCAACCGCGUUGCGUCACUGCCGAUCUUAUAAAUGACACAGGUGCGUUUAAUAGUGCACCUUGCUGCUGAUAAAUGUCUGAUGAGGAGUCUUGGCGCCUCUUUCGGUCUUUGUUUGCCUAAAGUGCUGGAAGCAUGAGUGCCAGAGGUGGGACGCCGUACAUCGGCAGCAAGAUAAGUUUGAUAUCGAAAGCACAGAUUCGUUAUGAAGGUAUAUUGUCCUCCGUGGACACUGAUAGGUCCACUGUUGCUUUAGCCAAAGUUAAGGCCUAUGGGACAGAGGACCGCCACACUGGCAGCCCGGUGCCGCCUAAAGAUGAAAUGUAUGAAUAUAUAAUAUUUCGAGGAAGUGACAUAAAGGACAUCACUGUGUCUGAACCAGCAAAGCCACAUCACGGACCCCCCCGAGACCCUGCUAUCCUACAGUCGUCUCUCAGCAGCUCCUGUGGUGGCUACCACCCACGCUGGAGCCCCUACAGAGACUACAACUACCCUUACAAUCCCAUGGCGGCUGGCCCCCUACUCAACCAGCAGUACAACGCAGCGCUGGGUCUAGUUCCAGGAUUCCACGGCAUCCCCGCCAGAAGAGCCCCCAUGGUUGAACAAGCUGUUCAGACCGUACCGUUGGCCAGCAAUGCUCAGAAAAAAGGGAAGUCCUGGACCCAGCCGCAGGUCAAACCGGCUGCUCGCCCGCCCCAACGGUCUGGUCCCCAGGUUCAGAAAGAGAAUGUACCCACCAGUCAAACGGCCUCCCUUCCAACUCCAGGCAAGACUGAAGGCCAAAGCACGGACGCCGGCAAACAAAGAGCGAAACAAGGAAGUCGCAGGUCCAGGAACCGCAGCAGAGGCCAGCUUCUUGUAAAAAACUCCAAGUCCACAACUUUGAAGUUUGAGUCGGAUUUUGAUUUUGAAACUGCAAAUGCUCAGUUUAAAGACGAUCUGACGAAGGAGAUUGUAGUGGAGAAGGAGGACCAUGGGGAUGCCCCCAAGGGCCCGUGUCCACAGGAAGAGGAGACUCCUGGGGGGGAUAAGUACUACGACAAGACUAAGGGCUUCUUCGACAACAUCUCCUCAGACAUGAAGCCCAGGAGGACAACGUGGGCCGAGGAGAAAAAAUUGAAUAUGGAGACUUUUGGAGUACCAGGCCGCUUCUUGAGAGGCAGAGGAUUCCGGGGGCGGGCCCGCAGAGGGCAAAGCACGGCCGAGCAGCGACCCCUCCCAAAAAUUGUGGGUGGGAGAGUAUAAAGAUUUUUGUUUUUUUGUAAAUAGAUUGUAAUUUUCUACUUAAGUGCCUCCCCUUUUUCAAUUUGAAGCACUAAGUGUUUUUGUUUAUCCCAGUCGGCAUUUAUGGGAGUGUUGUACAUUUUGUAUUAUCUAUCAUGGGAGAGAGAUUUGUUUUAAUGCAGCAGCUGUACACAAAGUAUACAUUGGUAGUUUAGCAUGCAAAGUAAGACUUGUCCUGGAACGGCGCAUCAGACAUGCAAUUUAAUUUACUUUCUGUAGUUGUGGAUGUUAUGCUACCUGCUCGACUGUCCAAACUGGUCUUCAAGAUGGUUUUUUAUGUUCUUUAUUUUCCCCGACCUGUAAUGUUGAAACACUGAAGUUAAGUGGAACAGUUGCUAUUAAAUAAGUGGUUGGUAGAAACAUUUCUCCUUGUCUCUGUGCAGCCAAUGCCCAUGCAAGAAGAAAUAUGGGGCGGAACCUUAAAAUACUCAAAAUACACCCUUCCACUUUUGGCCGGAAUGUCGCUGAUCAAAACCUGGGCACAAUGUCAUGGAGGACAAUC